AUGAUGAUGGAGAGGCAUACUAAGACACUAGCAGAAGCAAGAGCUAGGUUCAAGCAAAUUGAAGAGUUAGUUGAAGUAGACGGGGAUUCAACGAAAACCCUAGUGAUGAUCGAUGCGCUCCAACGGUUGGGUCUCGACCACCACUUUGAGGAAGAGAUCGACAAGGUUUUGAAGCGCGAGGAGGGGAAGGAGGCGAUGAAAUUUUCUGUUUUCGAUAAUGAUAGUAGUACUCGAUGUCGUGACCUUUUAGAGACUUCACUGCGCUUUCGACUGCUAAGACACCAGGGUUAUCGCAUUCCUUCAGAUGUGUUCGAAAAGUUCAGAAACAAGGAAGGCAAGUUCGAGAGCAACAUGGGAUGCUCGAACAAUAUCAUGGGAAUGAUGGAACUAUACGAAGCAUCAUACUGGGCCACAAAAGGAGAAAGCAUUCUUGACGAAGCAAGAGAGUUUAGUACCCACAUGUUGGAACUCUAUUCAACUCAUCAACGCCUAGCAAGUUACACACUGAGACAUCCUAUCCACAGAAGCUUGCCCAAAUUCAACGUAAAGAGCUACCUCGGAAUCUCCCAUGGCGGCUCAACCAAGCACAGUGAUGAAGAAGACAUUCUCAUAGAUCUAGCUAGGUUGGAUUUCAACGUGAAUCAGUCCAUGCACCAACAAGAAGUCGUCCAGAUUUCUACAUGGUGGAAGGAGUUAGGGUUGGCGGAAGAGUUGACACAUGCAAGGAACGAACCAGUGAAGUGGUACAUGUGGCCGUUGGCCAUCUCGACGGAUCCAAAGUUAUCGGAAGAAAGAGUGGAGCUUGCCAAACCCAUUUCACUUGUCUAUCUCAUCGACGACAUCUUCGAUGUUUAUGGAUCGUUAGAUGAACUAACUCACUUCACUGAUGCGGUCGACAGAUGGGACGUUACAUCGGCGAAUCAAUUGCCCGAUUACAUGAGGAAAUGCUUUAUAGCUCUUCAUGAGGUCACCAAUCAGAUUGGAUACAACGUGUACAAAAGACAUGGAUGGAACCCUAUACCUUCCCUACAACAAGCUUGGGCAAGACUUUUCAAGGCAUUUCUAGUAGAAGCCAAGUGGUUCAAGACAGGAGAGUUGCCAAGUACGGAAGAGUACUUGAAGAACGGAAUAGUGAGCUCAGGCGUCCAGCUUGUGCUGGUUCACCUCUUCUUCAUUUUGGGCCGAGGGCUGACACAACGAAACGUCGAACUCAUCGGCGGCGAAAACCCACCAGUAAUCUCCUCCGUCGCCAAGAUUCUCCGGUUGUGGGACGACCUCUCUGCCACGGACGAGGAACACAGUACUGGAAACGACGGAUCGUACUUGGAUUGUUACGUGAAGGAGAAUCCCGGGUCGUCGAUCCAUGGCGCCAGGGAGCACGUGAUGGAAAUGAUUGAAGAGACAUGGAAGCAACUCAACAAUGAAUCUCUGUCUCCGACGACGCCGUUUCCGUUGGCUUUCAAUAGGGCUGCCCAUAAUCUUGCCAAAAUGGUGGCUUUGAUGUAUGGUUGCAACGAAGUCGUUGAUCAAAACCAAAGUGCUCCUAGGCUCAAGGACCAUAUAAGGUCCAUACUAUUUGAAAGCUUUCCCUGAUCUGAUCGUUAUCUUGCUUCACAAUGUAAUAACCCACAGAAUGCGGACUUUGAUGCAUUGUUCGAAAGCUUUCGAGUAGAGGAUCUCUUUAGUGGCGAGAACAACUCCAA